AUGUUUGGAGUAAUUCCCCCAAAAUUUGACGAUCAUUUUUCUUCUUCCAAUCACCGUCAUUAUGCAAUUCCCGGCUCUAAACAAUUACUUCGUUGGACUAUUGAAGAAUCUAACCCUUCAGUUAAAAUUUGGACUUUAAAUAAAGAUGGAGAAAUUUUAAUUGAAAAAGAAAAAAUUAAAAUAAUCCAAAAUUUAAAUGAAACAACAAAACCUUUUUUUGCUGUUUUGAUAGAAAAUGUACAGGAUGAAGAUUAUGGUCGUUAUACAUUAACUGCACAUAAUGGAAUAUUAGAAUCCCAACAAACACAAACACUCGUUAUUACACAGCCUCCUUCACAACCAAAAGUUUUUGUUGAUUGGGUAAGUAGUAAUGGUUCUGUUAGUUGGAGAAUAGAAGAACAAAAACAAAAUAAAAACCAAUUAAAUGUUGCCUAUUUUUGGAUUUUUUACAAACAAAUUAGUAAAAGAUUACAACAACAACAACAAAUUAAUUAUUUUAAAGUAAUUUUCAAUAAAUAA